UUCAAAUCUUUAUGAUUCUUCUCUCUCUCUCUUUCUCUCUCAGUCCUUUCUCACUCAUAAUUAAAUUAAAGCCUUAAUGAAAAAUCUAUCUAUCACCUCUUUAAUAUUUUCUCUAUGUGUUCUUUCUUGUAUAUAAAGGCCUAAGCUGAAGCAAUCCAACCACCAGUAAAUAAGACAGAAGACUCUUCUUUGUGAGUCAAGUAACAGAGUCUUUUGAGAUCACAGAAACCCUUCUCCUCAGUCCGCAGGUUUCAAGAAGGAUGAGUCGAAGAAGUCCGAAGCUGGAACUGAAGCUGAAUCUUUCGCCGCCUACGUCAAGCCAGAGGAGGAUGGUUCGAUCUCCAACCCGCUCUGCGACGACUUCACCGACGUCACCGCCAAGCUCAUGCGUCUCGUCGGAGAUGAACCAGGAUGAGCCGUCUGUGAGAUACUCGACAAGUCCAGAGACAACCUCGAUGGUUCUUGUCGGAUGUCCUCGUUGUCUCAUGUACGUUAUGCUCUCAGAAGACGAUCCUAAAUGCCCUAAAUGCAAAAGCACCGUUCUUCUUGAUUUCCUCCACGAAAACGCCUCAAACGCAAACGCAAACGCUGCUUACACAUUUAAGCUUCGAUAG